AUGGCGCAGAAGUCUGCAACAGAAAAGUUCGUUACCGAGUGGGAGAUUAGCAGCCUUCUCACUCGAGAAAGAUACUAUAGAGAUACGGCACAAUGGCAGAAGCUUCGUGACAGCUUUCAUCCGGACCCUUCGCGCACGAGCAUCAAAAUCACGUGGUUCAAUGGCAACAUCGACGGAUUCGUUGCGGGGUCCCAAAAGAUGGCCGCGCAAGGCACACAUAGCUGCCACACCAUCUGUCCGAUUGAAAUCCAUGUAAACGGGGACAAGGCCGUUUCAGAAUCUACAGGGUCCAUUAUGGCAAGAUUUCGCCACCACGGGGUGGACUAUGAUUGCACUUCCUACGCUCGCUUCGUCUCACGAUUAGAACGGGUCGAUGGCGAAUGGAAGAUGCUUACCUUGGAGGCCCUUUAUGAAAGGGACACGAUUCGCCCGGCUUUUCCGGGUACCUCUACGGAAGCGUUCGAUGUAGGCGGCGGCAGAGCGAGCUACAAGGGCUUGGGUUGGCUGUUAUCGCAAAACGGCUUCAGUGUUGACCAAGAUCUGCCGGGGGCGGACAUGCCUGAGUCUGUUGACGUGUUGAUGGACAGUCACAGGCAAUGGUUGCAGCAGUGA